AUGCCUAGAUAUAAGAAAUGAAUGCAAAGUUUGAAAUAAUACUACUGAAGGAAUAAAAAAGAAUGGUAGAUUGGAGCACAAAGAUUGACUUCACUCUUUCAUCCGCUGCACUGAUAAUAAGAGAAACGAAUAGCACACUUGAACACCAAUUAUAAACCAGUUUACCUAUCUCCCCUAGUUCAAUCGCUUAUUUUUAAAGCUACAUCUUAUCAUCCACUGUAAGACAACUCAGUCUCUCGGUACACUCUUAGCGGAGUGGUUUCUUUCCGCACCAUGUCGUCUAGUGCAGACAGCAGCGAUCCGAACAUUAUUUACGGCGGUCCACUUCCAGCGACUUACGACCGAGGAUGUCGUUCUCUUGGGGAGCUCGUCAUAAAAGAACUAUCACGGGACCUAAAUAAGGUGGCACUCGUCAAUGGGGUCACCUGUUUGCAGCUCACCAAUGGAGGCAUUCUGGAUCAAUUGCUGUCCAUCGCGGGACACCUGAGCGAACUUGGAGUGGGCAAAAAUGACGUCGUAGCCAUAGUUAGCGAAAAUCGAUUUGAGUACACGAUCGCGAUUUAUGGAGCGUUUCUUUUGGGAGCUGCUGCAGCGCUGUUCAAUCCGGGGUAUACAGAACGUGAGAUGGAACACGCUAUCAGAUUAGCAAAACCAAAGGUCAUCUUCGUCUCGGCACAAGCCAAUCUCAAGGUGCAAAAGGCAUGCAUAAAGAUUCGGCGACCCGUGAAAUUCAUUCACUUCGAUAACGGUUCCGGUGGGCGAACAUGGCAUGAUUGUUUAGAAAACUCAAAUCGUCUGUUCAGGCUGAACAGUUUCGUUCCGGAACCGGUAGAUUUGGACAAUCAUGUUGCGUUGAUUGUAAUGUCCUCAGGCACGACCGGACUGCCGAAAGGAGUGCAGAUCACUCAACGUAAUGUUAUAACGACAUGCUUUUUCCUGGAGACGUUGUUGAAUAAGAUUGGUGCGGAUCAGGAAGAGUUGGUUGCUGUAGAUAUUUUACCCUGGUUCCAUGUAGCAGGUGGGGUCACAAUGAUAAAUUGCAUACUCAACGGUAUGCGAUUGGUUUAUCUAUCGAAAUUCGUCCAACGGACUUACUUGGCAUGCAUUGAAAAAUAUCGACCUAAUACGUUGAAUAUGGUCCCUCCGAUUGCCGUGUUUCUCGCGAAGAACGCCAUUGUGGAUGAGUAUGAUCUCUCAUCUGUGAAAACAAUCAUCAGUGGUGCAGCUCCUUUGAGUCGAGAAGUUGAAGAUUUGAUACGAUCUCGAUUGAAGGUCUCGUCGGUACGCCAGGCCUAUGGCAUGAGUGAAACCACACUGGCAAUCCUUGCCCAGGUUGAUGCUCAGAACAAGCCUGGUAGCGUCGGUAAAAUCCGUGAAGGACAAUGGGCUAAGGUGAUUGAUACGGAAACGGGACGAACAUUAGGCCCCUAUCAGAAUGGUGAACUUUGUUUUAAGGGUACCUUAAUAAUGAAGGGGUACAUUGGACGAGAGGAAGCAAUCGAUAGCGAAGGAUGGUUGCAUACCGGAGACAUCGGGUAUUAUGAUAAUGAACUUGAUUUCUUCAUUGUUGACCGACUGAAGGAGCUAAUUAAAUAUAAAGCAUUCCAAGUUCCUCCGGCAGAGCUGGAAGCGGUUUUGUUAUCACAUCCAAAUGUGAAGGAUGCCGCUGUGAUCGGUGUACCGGACGAAAAAGCUGGGGAAUUAGCCAUGGCAUUUGUUGUUGCUGCCGAUGGAGUGCAGAUAAACGAACGUGAAAUUAUCAAAUUUGUAAAUGAUCAACUGUCGGUACAGAAGCAUCUUCACGGAGGCGUGAGAUUUAUCAGUGAAAUUCCUAAAACAGCUAGCGGCAAAAUACUUCGACGGACGCUUCGGGAGCAAGCAAAGAAUAAAUCCAAGCUCUAAUUUUAGUUCAGCUAAUGUAAGCAUUAUUUCUAGCAUACAUUAAAUUCCAUCUAAUUUACAAAAAAAGAACACUUUCUAUUUUUGAUACAAUGGCCGAAGGAAACAUUCUCAUGAACAAAUAAUUAAUUAGUAUUCCCAGGCAAAAAGCCUGCACGGCUCACAACUGCGGGAAAGAAAAUCUCACUUCAAUUGCCACAAAUUGACUCCUUCAGAAAAGAAAAUGCGCGAGCCUCACUAAUGGACCGUAAAAAUGCUUUCUUCCUGAUGAAAAUUUGCGUCCACGAGCGCCAAUUCGGGUGCCUAUAGGCAGGGUGUCCCAAACAGUCAGUCAACUGGAAGCGGAGUGUGAAUGCGGACUAGUGUUGUGGCUGAUGUUUAACUGAAGGAGAGUGGAUGAUGAAUCCUUCAAAAUUAUUCUUUGAAGAGUGAUUGAAGAGAAAGCGUGGAGAAAAAACAUGUUUUGGUCUAUCAAAAUAAUUAUGCCAAAUAGAAAAACUGAAACUAAGAUUGCUGCCACCAUAACCUUCUUCGUGGCUUGAAAUCGUAUCUGAAGCAAUCAUCAUCCUUGGGUAUUCAUCUACUAAGUCUUGUAUCGAGCGCGAACUACCGUACACAAUUAGAAAAAAAAUGUCACCUUACAAGAUUAAUAAAUUAGAUACCUUCAAAAUA